AUGGCCAUCGAUUCUCUCGUUCUGGGCGCCGGGCAAGAGGUAGGCAAGAGCUGCGUGAUCGUAACAAUCAACGGAAAACGAAUCAUGUUCGACUGCGGUAUGCACAUGGGGCACCUCGACCACCGCCGCUACCCGGACUUCUCCCUCAUCAACAACCAAACCCUCACUUGCAUCGUCAUCACUCACUUCCAUCUGGAUCACAUCGGCGCCUUACCUUACUUCACCCAAGUCUGCGGUUACAAUGGCCCCAUUUACAUGACGUAUCCGACCAAGGCGCUGGCGCCGUUGAUGUUAGAGGACUAUAGGAAAAUUAUGGUUGAGAGAAGGGGUGAGGAGGAGCAGUUUACCUCGGAGCACAUUGCCGAAUGCAUGAAGAAAGUUAUAGCGGUGAAUCUGAAGGAGACGGUGCAGGUUGAUAAGGAUCUUCAGAUCCGUGCGUACUAUGCAGGACAUGUUCUUGGAGCUGCAAUGUUUUAUGCAAAGGUGGGAGAUGCUGCUAUGGUGUACACGGGAGACUAUAAUAUGACACCAGAUAGGCAUCUUGGAGCAGCUCAAAUUGAUCGACUAAGUUUGGACCUUGUUAUUACAGAGUCCACAUAUGCAACAACCAUUCGUGAUUCAAAAUAUCCCCGGGAAAGAGAAUUUCUCAAAGCUGUUCAUACUUGUGUUGCCGGUGGGGGAAAAGUGCUAAUUCCUUCAUUUGCUUUGGGAAGAGCUCAGGAGCUCUGUAUCUUAUUGGAAGACUACUGGGAGCGCAUGAAUUUAAAGGUUCCUAUUUACUUCUCAACAGCUUUGACCCGUCAAGCCAAUAUGUAUUAUAUGAUGCUCAUCAGUUGGACCAGCCAGAAAAUCAAAGAAACACACUCCACACAUAAUGCUUUUGAUUUCAAAAAUGUUCACAAAUUUGAACGGUCUAUGAUAGAUGCUCCUGGACCUUGUGUUCUGUUUGCCGGACCAGGGAUGAUAAGUGGUGGUUUUUCACUUGAGGUUUUUAAGCACUGGGCUCCAUCAGAAAAGAAUCUUGUCAUAAUGCCUGGGUAUUGCGUGGCUGGAACCAUAGGACAUAAAUUAAUGUCAGGUAAACCGACCAAAAUUGAUCUGGAUAAAGACACCAGAAUUGAUGUGCGAUGCCAGAUUCAUCAAUUGGCUUUCAGCCCUCAUACAGAUGCCAAAGGGAUUAUGGAUCUGGUGAAGUUUCUUUCUCCCAAGCACGUUAUACUAGUUCAUGGUGAGAAGCCUAAGAUGGCUACUCUGAAAGGAAGAAUCGAAACCGAACUGGGAAUUCAAUGCUAUUAUCCUGCAAUUAAUGAGACUGUGUCGAUUCCUUCCACCCAUUAUGCGACAGCAGUGACUUCUGAUGCAUUUGUCCAAAGUUGCUCGAGUCCAAACUUCAAGUUUUCUACAAGCAGCUCAGAACACUCACAAGGUUCUAGUAACAGUAAAUCCAUUCCACGGCUGCGAGUAAGUGAUGAUAGGGUAGCCGAAGGGAUCUUGGUUAUGGAGAAAAACAAAAAGGCCAAGGUAGUGCACCAAGAUGAGCUCCCGCUCAUGUUAGGAGAAAAGAAGCACCAAGUCAAGUUUGCCUAUUGCUGUCCUGCUCACAUCGGUAACUCGCAAGAGAAUACCAGUCUGCCUCUGUCAUCAACAAACAAUGAUCUGCUUCAGCUAUUUUCUGCAAAACUUGCAAAUGAACUCUCCGAGGGGAACAUUCAACAUUUCGGAGAUCACCUUCAGUUAGAGUCGAUUCAUGUCUCGAUUUGUUCGAAUAACGAUUGUCCUUACAGAUUAAGUGACAAUGGUGCUGAAGAACAACGCGAGCCAGUGUUCUUCUGCUGUAGUUGGGAAAUGGAAGAUGAGAAGCUUGCAUGGAAAGUCAUCUCAAUUUGUCAAAAACCGACGCUUCGAGGCCACCCCUUUCUCAAUCUCACUUCAAUUCUCAUCACCACCGCCAUGUCAUCCGCCUCCUCCGCCACCACCACGGCGCCGCUUCUCCUCCCUCGCCAGGGGAGCGACGGCCGCGACUCCUCGUCGGACCUCGCCUCCCCGACGACGCGGCCGGCGACGCUCGCGAUGCUCCUCGGCCGGGCCACGGGGCGCCGCGGCCCGUCCAUGCUGGUCAGGGAGACGGCGGCGCGUGAGCUCGACGAGCGCCGCGCCGACUGGGGGUACUCGAAGCCGGUGGUGGCGCUGGACAUGAUGUGGAACACGGCGUUCGUGGUGGUCUCGGUGGUGAUGCUGAUUUUGACCAGGGACGAGCGGCCGAACACGCCGAUCCGGUUGUGGAUCUGCGGCUACGCGCUGCAGUGCUUUGUCCACGUGGCGCUGGUGUGGGUGGAGUACCGGAGGAGGACUAGCCGGAGAGGGAGGAGGACCGCGGAGGCGCAGCAGAGCUCUGAGGCUGAUGCUAAUGAGUCUGAUGAUGAAGCGGCUAUGGACUUGGGCGCUCCGAUUCGGUCCAGUGUCUCUAAACGAUGUGAAUCAAUCAAUACAAUGGUAUCCUUUCUGUGGUGGAUAGUUGGCUUUUAUUGGGUUGUCUCCGGCGGUGAUCGGCUUCUGCAAGAUGCUCCGCGUUUGUACUGGUUGUCUGUGGUUUUCCUGGCAUUUGACGUCUUCUUUGCCAUCUUUUGCGUUGUUCUGGCAUGUUUGAUUGGAAUUGCUCUUUGUUGCUGUUUGCCAUGCAUCAUUGCAAUUCUUUAUGCUGUGGCUGGACAGGAAGGUGCAUCCGAAGCAGAUCUCAGUAUUCUUCCAAAAUACAGAUUUAGAAUAUCAGGCGAGGAAAAAUCCAGUGUAGGAGCAGGGAAAAUGAUUCCAAUGGAAACAACCAGUGCCUACCCGGCAGUCGAGCGAAUUCUUUUACCUGAGGAUGCGGAAUGUUGUAUAUGUCUCAGCCAAUAUGAGGAUGGGGCAGAUCUUCACACUCUACCCUGUAACCAUCAUUUCCAUGCUAAUUGCAUCGUGAAAUGGCUUAAAAUGAAUGCAACAUGUCCUCUCUGCAAGUACAAUAUUCUCAAGGGAAGUGAACAGGUUUAAAAGAUCGAUAGGAACCUGCUAGUGGUUGGCUCUAUACACUAGCCGUUUGUACAGAAACUGCCAAGGCACAAAAGAGCAAAGCCUUUGAAAUAGUUAUUGAUAUUGAACUACAAAAAUCAACCGAACCUCCUUUUGUCUGUUGGUCUCCAUUUGAGGUUGUCUUGAUUUUCUGUUUUUGUAUGUGCUCGUGCAUGCUUGUACAGAGUCUUGACGAAAACACUUGUUUUUCCUAUUGAAGCAUUCGUGUUGUUGAUAUGAGGUUGUGAAGGUGUUGGUGGUGUAUGUUGGUUGGGGAUAUCAACAUGGACUUGUUUACUUAUAAAAAAAACGUGGACUGAUUUAGGGAACCAUGUAUUUCCUGUAGUGAUAUAUGUAGGCCAAGUUUGGCGAGCUGUCAAGAUAGAGAAAAGAUUUAUUUUCUUUUCCCAACUGAUAUGGAAAGGAAAAAGUUUUGUUAUUUUCAUGUAGCUGUUUCGUUGUUAUUGUAAUUGAAUUAGUAAUUUAUUUCUAUUUCAGUUACACCAUAUUUAAUAAGUCAUAAUAAUGAAGUGUAAAUCUAUAAUUUCUAAUAACAUAUUUUUACUAAU